UCUAUCCAGCGGUUCGAUUUCCUCAUGUCUCAUUCGUAAACAACAGAGGUCCCUCGGGGAUUUUGCUGUCUCGUUCUUUUUUAUCGGGCAUUUCUUUUUGAUUUCUUAUUUGUUUCGAUUCGAUUUGCUCAAGCAGUUCAGUGAAUUGGUUGAAUUGGACACAUUUUGUUUUAUAAACCCAUAUUUCUGUAAUUAUUAAAAUGCAGGAUGUCACAGCACGAGUAUUUGCUGCAAUGCAAAAUCUGGACAUAACAGCUUUGAGUACAUACCCCCAGAAUGAGAUACGGCCCGUCUUGCCGGCUCUUGUCCGUAUGAGCCUACUCUCUCCUCUGGACAACACAAAAUCGUCAAUGGAAUCACGUAAACAAAUUUUAGCUGUUCUCAUUGGCAUUGAGGUGGUAAACAGCAUUGUUUCGUAUCUGCAAGUAAAUUACCACGAGCUAGAGCAGGAACUUAAGAAGGAAUUGCAGGCACGUCAAAAAUCCAUGUAUUACGAGGGACAGCAAGAAUUCGGCCUGCAAACCGGCAUAGCUCUGGGUUUUGAACGAGCCGAUGUGACACGCAAAGUAAGGGUGGUACUGUCCGAGAUAUUCAAUGUCCAAUGGCAGUUAUCAGAACAAAAGUCGGUGGUGCAAUCAGAAAUUUUAGACGAUGGAAUAUACCUGGAAGAAGUUGUUGAUAUACUGUGCAUUGCUUUGGCCGAGCUGCCCUCCUUACUGAACAUUUUAGAAUUGACAGAUACGCUUGUACAAGUUCCGAAUGGACAUCGCAUAAUUUGUGCGUUGGUGGCUAACUUUCCAGACUGCUAUCGCGAUGUCGUGACACAUGUAAUUGUCAAUUGCGAUGAAGAAUCAAUUGAGGGGAAACAGAAGUUAGCACUUCUAAUGGCACUGAGUGAAAUAAAUCCCAUACAAGCCUUGACAACGAGAGCAAUAUGUGUUGAAAUUAUGAAAGUACCCUCGUUUAUGCUCAAGUUGUGCCUAAAGUAUCCUCAAGACUUGAUUUCUUUUCUGACCGGAAUGCUUUUAGGAAAUGAUCAAAAUGUUAGGACGUGGUUCGCUGAGUACAUACACGUGAGUCAGAAGCGCAAGGCGGAUGCAUUAAUUAUGGUACGAGCAGAGUUGUUACAGCAAUUAGUGAGCAUAAUACAGAUGGCCAACCGUAGCUCGGACGCCACAGCCUGCAACGAGGAAGACUAUACAGUCCAAGGUGCAGUUAUUAUGCGACUGUAUUGUGCUCUGCGAGGAAUUGCUGGCCUAAAAUUUAAUGACGAUGAAAUAAACUCUCUUGCUCAGCUGGUAACAAGUCGGCCGCUGCCUACUGCUUCUGGCAUGCGCUUUGUUUCAUUGGCUCUGUGCAUCUUGAUUGCAUGUCCGUCACUGGUAUCAACUACAUCUCUGGAAAAUAAGGCAAUUGAGUGGCUACAGUGGCUGAUAAAAGAAGACGUCUUCUUUGGCCGACGAUCUGAUGCCAGUACUUCAUUGGGCGAAAUGUUACUUUUACUCGCUAUCCACUUCCAUAGCAAUCAAAUAUCAGCUAUUGGGGAAUUGGUGUGUUCUACGUUGGCUAUGAAAAUCCCGAUUCGGCCGAAUAGUACAAAUCGAAUUAAGCAAGUUUUUACUCAGGAUUUAUUUACCGAACAGGUAGUGGCAUCACAUGCAGUUCGGGUGCCGGUCACACCUAAGUUAAAUGCCAGCAUUCCAGGCUAUCUUCCUGUGCACUGUAUUCAUCAAUUACUGAAGUCCAGGGCCUUCUUAAAGCACAAAGUUCCCAUAAAAUCGUGGAUAUACAAGCAAAUAUGCAACUCUGUUCGGCCGUUACAUCCAGUGAUGCCAGCCUUGAUUGAGGUUUAUGUUAAUACCUUAAUAGUACCCAACCCCCAGGGAAAGGUUAACGUCGAUCAUAUGCACAAGUCGUUUUCUGAAAACGAGAUCUUGCACAUCUUCCGGUCGAGCGGAGAUGGUACAAAUAUGAUUGGGGAUAUAAUUUCUGUCCCUCGAACGGGAGUUCUUUCUUCUAAUGUAUCCUCGGUCGACAGUGAGGAUUUGUCGAAAUACCAAGUUCAAUGUCCAUUGACGGCACAACUGUUGAUGCUCUACUAUUUGGUACUGUAUGAGGAAACGCGCAUAACUAAUUUAUCCAACGCGGCCAUAAGUGGGCGUAAAUUAAAGGAAUAUACAAAUAGUUUUCUUUCCGAAUUGCCAAUGAAGUAUUUGUUGCAAAAAGCACAACAGUAUCACAACGAUUACAUUGGCAUUUUCCAUCCACUUUUGAGACUGAUUGUAUCGAACUAUCCGCAUCUUAGUAUGGUUGAUGACUGGCUGGAAGAGCAUUGCAGUCAUUCUAAUAGUCAACGCGUUGUUCGUUCUCCGUCUAAUUUGAGUAUGCAGCUGCAGGAGUCUCUAAAAAAAAUUAAUUUCGAUAAACUCGAUACAGAGCCGGGCAAAGCUAUACCCGUUUUAAAGGCAUUAAUGAAACUACCAGCAGAAGAACUUGCACAAAAUGCAGACGUAAUUGUACGAAAUUUGCCCAAAGUAUUUAGACGACAAGUUCCACGUUCGAUUAAGAACCUUUACCUCGACAUUUGGCUGCGUUUGAAUGGGGUUUUGCCCAUAAGUUUUUGGCGUAAGUCGUUAGCUUCGAUUAUGGCUACUGAAGAUUACAUACAACGCUGCUCAUUCGUUAUGGAAAAUAUAUUGGACCCACUGCAGGUUUUACGAUGUGGUCGUGAAGUAUUUCACUGUCCGCAUACAUUAAUUAUAUUGCUGCGCAUUCUGCAGGGCAGUCUGGCGGCAUCAAAGGCUCAUCUCAAUAUUCAAAUGCAAUCAAGGCAAAUAAUCGACAAAAACGGCCAGGUCCAGGUCGAUACAGAGAGGGAGGAAUUGAAAACUGCUCUUAUUGCUUCCCAAGAAAGUGCAGCCGUUCAUAUUUUACUGGAAGUUUUGGCUGACAUGCAUGCUAAUAACUCCGGCCGUGUUUCGUCGCUUGAACUUCGUGAAACCCAGGGCAUAAUAUGCUCCUUUAUUCAUCAAUCAUUCAUAUCAGAACCUUCACUCGCUAAACUUGUCCAUUUCCAAACAUAUCCGCGUGAAGUAAUACCCAUGAUGGUGAAGGGAGUCCCGUCCAUGCACAUAUGUCUGGAUUUCUUACAUGAGUUUCUGAGCAUGCCCGAAAUGGACAAGCAAAUUUUUACAAUAGAUCUAACAUCACAUUUGGUUUUAAAGUAUGCCAUACCGAAGAGCUUAAGUGUUUCAAAGUUUUGUGUCAACACGAUCCAAUCUGCACUCUCACUGCUAUCCACUGAAGCCAAAUGUAAAUAUCUUCGAAACAUCCUGCCAUCUAUAAUACGAUUUGCAGAGGCGUUUCCAAUAUUAACGGACGACUGUGUCAACAUCUUAAUGCUUACGGGACGCAGUCUCUACGCUCAAAGCACCCUUGGUAUAAAUUCAACUCAAAUGCAAUUAACAGCAAGUUCUAGACAUAGAUGUUUCAAGGAAGCACGACGAUAUAUAGCAAUGAUAGAAGAAGCUUUUGAAACUCUAAUAUCAAACAUAAUCAAUAAAAUAGAAUUAUAUUAAGUGUCGAUGUUUGUAAUAUUUUUGAAAUCUGUAACAUUCGAUUCAGAAAUGUACUUUAGAAUAAUUCAACUGACAUUUUUAAAUACAUUUCAGAUUUAAUA